UUGAUGGGGAUCCAUGGUUUAUAUUAAUUUUUCAAGAUUUCCAUCAAAAUUUUAUCAAUGGUUCUGUGACGUAUUGGGAUCGACCAAUACAUCGAUUUAGUAAUUAAUAAUAUGAAAGGAUCAUAUUACCACUGGAUGAGAGGAAAGAGAAACAUGAUUUCUCCAUCCUGCCAUCCAGACAUUAGUCAGCUAUACCAUGGUGUGUUUUGGACACCAUGGUCAGCAGUCACACGGUUUUCGCAAGUCCAGUUCAAGUGAACCGAACUGUUUGACUGUAUUAGUCUGUGUCAGUGAUGACACAAAACAGUUUUAGUGGAGAAAAACCGUGAGACUGCUUAGCUCAGCAAACGGAGACUUUGACGAGUUUGGAGGAGCUCUCUGGACUCACCAGAGAGCAGAGUACGAUCAGGAGCAGAGUCGAGCGGACCUCUAGCUCAGGCCUUCAGCCAACAAAUCGAGUCGAAGUCCCUAGUCGAGCCGUAAUAACGCGUAUACCAACCCAUAAUUAAAACAGUCGUGUAUUUUAAAUCAUCAGUCAAUAUACCAUACUUUUACCGAUAAAUACGCGAGUGUUAUUGAUAAUAUCACCAAGUAAUAUCCCUUCCUCUAUCCUUGUUCGAACAUCCCUCCGAGUGAGCGAACUCCCUGUGAGCUCACCGCCGAAACUAGCCGGUCAACAUAGGGUACGACGGCUCUAGGAAGGAAGGACUUAUUUCAAUUUGACUAGUCCCAGGAACUAGUCACAUGUUAGAUCAUUCAGGAUUAAUGCGGUGGGUGAUCUAAGUCAAAACGUCACAGUUCAUUUCUUAAAAAUUGCUGAAAAAUUUCGGCAUCAAAUGAUUGAAGAAAUGGAUUGAGCGUUUAAAGCGAGCGCCUUCGAAAUGGUAAUGCAGCUCUCACUCUUAUCGAUUCGGAGCCUCCGAAGGAGUUCCCGAGAAUUGUAGAGCGCGUUAGUGACCGAGGAAAACAAAAAAACGUGGUGUGAAUGCCAUCAACAAUCAUGAAGCCUGAUGGAAAAAACGGAAAAUCAGCAAGAUUUAAUAAAAAUGCGACUGAUGCAAAUGAACAGAAAACGAAGAAACCCUUCGACAAGAAGGCCUACAGAUUGAAAAAGUACAGCAAUAAAUAUAAAGUGGAACAGUGGGAGGAUCGGAGGAAGAAGGCUGUAUUGCGUGGGUUUUACAAAGACCUUGAGAGAGACAACAAGAAUGCAUCACCUAAGCCACUAUUGAUUCCUUCCGACAAUCCUGAAGAGGAAAAUAAAGAGACACAACCCAAGAAGAAGCGGAAUGCUUUCCACUCCGCGAAACUUGAAUUUCAGCGGAAGCAGGAGGAAAAGAAACAGAAGGAAGCUGAAAUGCUGAGAGUGAAAGCUGAAAGAGAGGAAGCCCUUCAGAAAUACAAACAAAAACGAAUGGAGAAUUACAAAAAAUUAUCAAAGAAGACGAGAAGAGGUCAGCCAGUAAUGAAAGACAGACUAGAAAUGCUGUUAGAAAAAAUUCAACAAACUACUUGACCUUACAAAAUCACUACUAAAAUAUCCAUCACUCUUGUUAACUCUUUUAUAAUAAAUUUUCAAAUGAUUUGA